AUGUCGCUCUUAUCGGUUGCAUUUUUCCUGUUAUUUCUUAUGGUGACAACGGUCAAAGCUGAUAUAAAUCAAAAACUUCCCCAGUCUACAUCAUCGGCUCAAAACUUCAAAGAAUUUGUUGCAAACAUUAUACAAGAACAAAGUUCUAAAAUUCAAACUUUACUCAAGAAAAUUCAGACUAACGCACAAUCCGUGUUGGAGAAAAUUGGAAAUAUUAAACAUGAUUCUAAAAUAAAUAAGAGAAAACUCCAUUUAAAAAGCUACCUUGGAAGGGAAAGCCAACAAAUAGAAUCACCAGUUGUGAAUACGGCAAUAGAAGCUAUUUCAGAAGCCAGAAAUUUUAACAAUCAUUAUAGUCCUACGGGUUUUGGAACGAGCGGUAGUCAAAGUUAUGGGACGCCACAUAGUUAUGGAACCUCACACAGUUAUGGAGCACCAACGUACCACCACCAUUCUAUCGGAUUCGAUCCUAUCAACAUUGUGGUAUCAAUGUCCCUUCUUUCGUUUCUGCUUCAAGCGUUGCAAGGAUUAUUGGGACGUGCUAGGUUGCCAACACCGGUGGUGGAAGCUCGUGAGCUACAAUCAGUUGCGGAUUGGUCAAAAAAAAUUGACGAAAAUUUGACUGUUAAUGACAAAGAUAAGUAUUUCUUAAAUAAAAAAAUGUUUAAAAAAUAUUUUCCUAAGUAA